AUCUGGUGACCAUGAGGUUUGAAGAGGUCCUGAACGAAGUCGGUGGCUUCAACGCGUUCCAGUUCCUGGUGCUGCUCAUCCUGUGCUUCCCCCGUGCCAUCCUUCCUCUUCACUUCCUCCUGCACAACUUUGUCUCGGCUACCCCGCCUCACCGCUGUGCCCUCAGCAUCUCCGAGGCUGGUGACAGGAAUUUCGAGGCAUCGGACCUGGAAGUGUUGGCCCUCAAAAUCCCCCGCCGGGACAACGGCUCCUUCAGUUCCUGUGAAGUCUACCAUCCCCCGGUGUCCUUUGACUUAGGCCAUGAAAACAGGACGGCUCCCUGUCCGGACGGUUGGGUCUAUGACCAAUCACAGUUCAUCUCAACAACUGCCAGUGAGUGGGAUCUAGUUUGUGACAAUAAACAGCUGAACAAAGUCCUCCCCACCUACUUCUUCCUUGGGGUGACGGGUGGCGCUCUUCUGUUCGGACAGCUCUCUGACAGGUUUGGUCGUAAGUCGAUGCUGCUAGUGGCGUUGUUUUCUGCCACCGUCCUAGGAGUGACCACGGCCUUCUCCACAUCCUACGUCAUGUUUGCCAUCUCCAGCGCGCUUCGCGGCGUGGCCCUCAGCGGCAUGUCCAUUAUCACCGUGGUCCUCGCGAUCGAGUGGACGGACAUUCAGCACCGGACCUUCACUGGUACAAUCAUGAGUUUGUCGUGGAGCAUCGGUAACAUGCUCCUGGCCCUGCUAGCAUACUUAAUCCGUGACUGGAGGAAGCUGAUGCUGGUGGUGACGGCACCAUGCGGCGCUGCCAUCGUGUCCUGGUGGUGGCUUCCUGAGUCGGCACGCUGGCUGCUGGUGAACGGUAGAACCGAAGAAGCUAAACGUUUCCUGGUUCAGUGCGCCAGGAUGAACGGGAAGAAUGAGCACACAUGCAAACUGGAGCCUGAGGUGCUAGAAGCGGUGAUGGUGGCCGAGGUGGCCGACAAGAACCAUUCCUACCUGGAUUUGUUUCGAACACGCCAGCUGAGGAAGAUCAGCCUCUGCGCUGGAUUGUUCUGGUUUGCGGUGGCUCUGCUCUACUACGGGAUCAGCUUCAGGAUCUCUGGUUUUGGCGUCAACAUCUAUCUCACUCAGUUCAUCUACAGCGCCGUGGAAGUACCCGCGAAAAUCCUGACCUUCUACAUUCUGGACUGGAUGGGCCGGCGGAAUGGCCAGGCUUCGUUUCUGAUCCUGACGGGAGCUCUAAUCGGAAUAAACACAGGAAUCCCUCUUGAGUACGUCCUGCUCCGCACGUGUCUCGCUGUGGUGGCGAAGGGUUUGUCUGAGGCAGCGUUCACCACCGCCUUCCUCUACUCAGCUGAACUUUAUCCAACCGUCCUCAGGCAGUGCGGUCUGGGCUACACCUCGUGUCUGGGCCGGUUCGGGAGUUGUCUGGCUCCGGUCAUCAUGCUUCUGGAAGACAUCUGGGAUCUUCUGCCUCCACUGAUCUUUGCUGGAACAGGGAUCAUCAGCGGCAGCUUGGUCUUCCUGCUUCCCGAAACCCUCAAUGUCCCUCUGCCCGAAAACAUCAUUGAUGUCGAGGAGGGAAGACACAGACAAAAGGAAGCCGCCGGAUCACCAGUGACUGACGUGAGCAGCGAGUGCAAAGACACGGCAGUGGCGCUCAGCUGA